UUAAUUUACAGCUCUCACAGGGAAGAGAGAGGAGAGAGAAUGGAGAUCAAACAAGAAGCAGAAGACGACGAAGGGCCGCCGCCCGGUUGGCAGUCCAUCCCUCCGGCCCAAUCGCCACAACAAAUGGUGGAAGACGAAGAAGAAGGGCCACCCCCCGGGUGGCAGUCCAUCCCUCCGGCGCAACUGCCGCCGCCACAACAAAAAGUGGAAGAAGACGAGGAAGAAGACGAAGAAGGGCCGCCGCCCGGGUGGCAGUCCAUCCCUCCCGCGCAACAUCCGCCGGCGCAGCGGAAGGUGGAAGAAGAAGAAGAAGAAGAAGAAGAAGAAGGGCCUCCGCCUGGCUGGCAGUCCAACACUCCGGCGAAACCGCCGCAGCCAAAGGUGGAAGAAAAAGAAGAAGAAGAAGAAGAAGAAGGGCCUCCUCCUGGAUGGCAAUCGAUUCCAGCUCAACCUCCGCCGCCGCAACAUAAAGUCAAAGACGAAUACGAAGACGAAGGGCCACCACCCGGAUGGCAAUCUAUUGCUCCACCACAAUCAGUGCCGCCGCCACCAUCACUACCAGGGAUUCCCUCAGAAAUGGCUCAAAUGGUUUGUGGUUCUUGUCGCCAAUUGCUUUCUUACCAGCGAGAAGCCAAACAUGUUCAGUGCUCAUGCUGUCAGACUGUCAAUUUGGUACUACAAGCUCAUCAAGUUGGACAAGUUAAGUGCGGAAGUUGUGCAGUGCUGCUAAUGUACCCAUAUGGAGCACAAUCAGUUAGGUGUUCCUCUUGCCGUUUUGUGACAGAAAUUGGAGUGCACAACAGGCGACCUCCUCUGUCUGCGCAACAGAGUCGUAGAUUUCCUCGUGCCAACCCUGUUCACUAGACUUCUUAUAUUUAAUAUUUGUACAGGUUGAAACAAAAUGAUUGAAUUUAAUUUGACAGAGAUUUGUUGUAUCAUCCUCGUAUCUAUCUUACUGGUUGUCAUGAUUACCCUGCUACGAACAUUAAACCCUUUCUAUGGAAUGUAUUUAUGGAUUUUAUUA